AUGUUUGGCAAGGCGGCGGCGCUGGUGACGGUGGCGGCGGCGGCGGGCAGGGGGAGGAAGGCUUCGGCCCCCGCCGGGCUGGCCCAGGCCCGGGCUACCCCCGCGCGGCUCGAUGGGCCAUUGGGCGGCGGAGGCGGAGGCGGCAUGGAGCCCGCGCUGAGUUGCAAGAGGAGUCCCAGCCUGCGCUUGGCCGACUCCUUCGGCAGCGGCGGCGGCGCCACCGGCGGCUUCCAUCCUUUGCACCCGGGGGACUUGGGCUCUUCGGACCCGGCUGCUACCGCCCCCUUCGGGCCCGAGCACGUGGCGGCGGGGGCGCUCAAGCUCAGCCCAGCCAGCCCCGAAGCGACUUUCGCCGCGGCCGCCUCUUUGCAACCGGCCGGCAGCGGAGUUGGCGCCAACGGCGCGUCUCCCAGCUCGGCUAGUCAGCCUUACGCGGCGGCAGGCCGGGAGCUGGCGCUGCGGCGGGAGCCGGGCUUGCGGGGAGAUCCGCCACAGCUCCAACAGCCCCCGGCGGCCGCCAGCUCGCCCAUGUUCAUCUCCUCGGCCGGCACCUACGGCGCUGGGGGGGACCUCCACGCCGCCGUCUUCCCGGGCCUCCACGAGCAUCCCGGCGGCGCCUCGGGCGGGCAUCACCCGCUCAACGGCCAGAUGCGCCUGGGGCUGGCCGUGGCUGCCGCCGCCGCCGCCGCCGCGGAGUUUUACGGGCGCAUCGAGCCCUUCCGCCCUUCGCCCGCCGGCUCCGAAGCCUCCUACGGCCCUGCCCCGCACGGCUACCCGGUCAACUUGGCGGCGGCAGCGGCGGCGGCGGCCGCUUUGCAGCAGCAGCAGCACCACCACUCGCACCCGCCCGCACAUGCGCACCACGCGUCGCCGCCGCAGCCGCCGCACCACGCGGGCGCCGCCGCCGCCGCCUUCCUGCGCUACAUGCGGCAGCCCAUUAAGCAAGAGCUGAUCUGCAAGUGGCUGGAGGCCGAGGCGGGCGGCGGCGGGACGCCACCCUGCUCCAAGACCUACGGCACCAUGCACGAGCUGGUCAACCACGUCACGGUGGAGCACGUCGGGGGGCCUGAGCAGAGCAGCCACGUGUGUUUCUGGGAGGAGUGUCCCCGCCAAGGGAAGCCCUUCAAGGCCAAGUACAAGCUCAUCAACCACAUCCGCGUGCACACGGGCGAGAAGCCUUUCCCCUGCCCCUUCCCGGGAUGCGGCAAGGUCUUCGCCCGCUCCGAGAACCUCAAGAUCCACAAGCGGACUCAUACAGGGGAGAAGCCUUUUAAAUGCGAGUUUGAUGGCUGCGACAGGAAGUUUGCCAAUAGCAGUGACAGAAAGAAACACUCCCAUGUCCACACCAGUGACAAGCCAUAUUUCUGCAAAGUCAGAGGCUGUGAUAAAUCCUACACUCACCCCAGCUCUUUGCGAAAACACAUGAAGAUCCACUGCAAAUCCCCACCACCUUCUCCUAUCCCAGGAUCUCAUGGGUACCAGCCCGUGGGGACAACCUUGGGUGCCCCUCUUUCCCCACUUCAGGACUCAGGAAGGGGUCAGCCUACCAGCCUUUCUCCUCAGGUCACCAAUCUCAAUGAAUGGUACGUUUGCCAGGCCAGUGGGGUGGCCAACCACCUCCAUACCCCAUCCAGUAACGCCACCUCUUCUGAGGAGGAAGAUGAGGAGGAAGAGACCUACGGGAACUCUGAGUCAAGAACUAUUCACUAGAACUCUCGAAUGGCAUACACAUGUGCCAUUUUUUUUCACUUGGUCUAUUUAUUAACUAAAUGAAACCCUAUGGUGUUUGUAUAUGUAAUUAAUUUAAGUCAUUGGACUUAUCUCUUUUUUAUUUUAUUAAAAAGAAGAAUCUUUUUUUUAAAACCAAUUUGGAUUUAAAGAAUGACCCAACACGCAUUACUUUUCUGACCCUCAGCCCCACCAGUCUAUAAGGAUAAAAGGAGAGAUUCAAGGCAUAGCUUGAUUUGCAGUUUAUGCGCAGCCAGUUUGACAGUCCCAUGAAAAUGUUUUCCAAAAUAAAGCCAGAAAUGUGGUUUAUGAUUGCAGUAUAAGUGAAUGGAUGCUCUUGAUGCCAGGAGUAAGCUUUAUAAGCUUUGAAAGAUUUAUUCCGCUCUACAUUUGUCAUUUGUUAAACUGCCAAUUGUUUUUUUCCCCCCAAUCAUAUAGUGAUCUCUGUAUUUUGUUCACUGCCUUUGGUUUUUUUUAAAUUUCCCCAAGAUCUCAAAAUGGAGCACAUGAAUAUAAUCCUUGAACUGAUCUUUGCAUCAGACUGACACUAAUGUUGAAACUCUGGCUAUUCCUAGUUAUAAUUGCUCCUUGAAGGUUAAUACUAAGAAUGUUUGCAUAAAUGAUUGGGCCAUAUCUUUAAAUGGUGCUUACUUCCAGGUAAAGGUAGUUGAAGGAAGGAGUGAGCAUUGCAAUCCCAGUUGAAUAAGAUUUCACAAGAAGCCAGAUUUUCUCUUUUCGUUCUUUUAUGCUAAAUAUUUAUAUUCAGAAUAAACAAUAAUCUGCAUUGAUCUAUAGGAUGGCCUCAGGACAUCAAUAUUUCCAUAUCUUUAGGUCUUUAGUUUUACAUGUGUUCAUUUUUAAAAAAAUCUAAUUUUUAAAACUUCCCUGAGCUCUAAUUUUGGGACUGAGGGGAAAAAUAAAAUACUGCUGGUGUCAGUGUAAAUGCUGCAAUUAUUUAUUAUUGUUUUAGGCAUUCAAGGUACCUGAAAGCAAUUUUCUCACUGAUUUUGGUGUUAUUUAUAGGCAACUAUUUUAGCAGAACUCGUUUAUAAAUUCUCCUUUUUAAAAACAAUCCAUCCUUGCCUAUUUCUUAGUUGAGACCGUGCAUCUGAGUAUAUUUACUUGUGAGCCAGUCACACUGAAUCAAAAUAUAUUAGAUUUAUGAGAGAAUAAUGUUUGGGAAUGGAAUCCAAAGUAAAGCACUGGAUCGCACCUCUCCCUCUUGUCCACCUCUUCCUUUUGAAAGAGUUAUAAAUGCUGGAGAAACAUAAUCUUUCUUUCUGAAAGAAUAUUUUUUACAUGGCCCAGCUUUUCAUCCUUGUUUAUACAAAGGUUUUAUAAGCGAUUUCAUAUUUUUCACCACCUGUAAUUAUAUGCAAUGAUUCAGUGACCAAAGUAAAUUGUCGUAAAUGGAUAAACGGAAUGGGGUGGGGGGAAAGUAAAUUACCUUUGGCCUCGCUGCCAAGCUAUUCAAGGGAAAGGUCAUGGAACACUGACAAAUUCUGAUGUGGUUAGUGAAACAUUUCAAAUGCAAAAUGUUGGUUCAUCAUAAACACCCUACAGAUAUUCUGAAGAGCACUAAUUUAUCCUCAGAGACCACUGAAUAAGGAACUGGUUGCCUACCGAUUCCCAGGGCUUGUAGAAAUGAGUGGGAAUUUUUUUUAAUGUGCCUGUAUUGUAAUACGUAGUCUUGUCAUUGUUAUAAAUUGUAUGUGGAAGUGAUUUAUUUUGUACAACUAAAUUAAUU